UUCCUCUUCGGUAGUGUACAACUGAUAAAAGUCGCACCGAAGACGGGUUAUUAACAUUGUUAUACACAAACAUCUAUUCUAUCGAGACGCGUAAAAUAAAAAGUGGUGUCUUCCAAGUGGUGCGUUUAAUUACAUUCGGUUACUAAAAGUUUGAAAGUUCGCAGAACAGAAAACUAUUAUGAACGUUUGAUUAUGACUUUUAUUUUUAAACCAUUUCUUGAUUUACUGCGAAUCGUUUCAUCACGAAAGCGGAAGCGACUGAAGUUGUGAACAACUAAUAAUUGUAGUGCAUUUUCGCCAUUUAAGUUAACAUUUAUUUUUGGCGCCUACUUUGCAUUGAACUAAUUCGUUUUAUUUAUAUGUAUUCGCUAACAUUCUCAUUUUCGUUGGUAAAAAUGUGUGUUAAUUUCGUGUGAUUUUUCCAAUAUAGUAGUAGUUUUACUUUUGAAUCUGAUCGUAAUUUAUUGCCGCAAGAAUGAAAACUAACGCGACAAACGGGACCCAUAACAACGCAAGGUAUACAGUUGUUUUCGACCAAGAAAACCUCAGCACCCAAGUGAAGGAGAAGUCAGGAUGGUUCGGCACAAGACACUUCGUGACAUUUAUGCUUUUCCUUGGAAUGGCAAACGCCUACGUGAUGAGAACCAAUAUGUCGGUGGCCAUUGUCGCUAUGGUAAAUCACACAGCAAUUGAAAUUUCUGGAUCUAGUCACAAUGACAGCAUUGAUGUGGACACGGAAUGCGGAGAAGUAAUAUUGGACAACUCCUCUCAUUCAGAAAGCGAUGGGAAUUUUAUUUGGGAAACUGAUCUGCAAGGCUACAUUUUGAGUUCCUUCUUCUAUGGCUACGUUAUAACACAAAUUCCAUUUGGGAUCCUGUCAAAACGAUAUGGAAACAUUUAUUUCCUUGGAAUUGGAAUGCUGAUCAAUUCUCUAUUUGGAUUGUUAGUCCCCGUAUCAGCCGAUAUGGGUAUCUGGUGGUUAAUAACCGUGAGAUUCAUUCAAGGUCUUGGCGAGGGCCCUAUUGUCCCAUGCACACACGCUCUCCUGGCAAAAUGGAUCCCUCCUAACGAGAGAAGUCGAAUGGGUGCUUUCGUUUAUGCAGGAGCACAAUUUGGAACGGUGAUAUCUAUGCCGUUAAGUGGUUUACUAUCUGCAUCCUCAGUUGGUUGGCCUUCCAUAUUUUAUGUUUUUGGAGCUGUGGGGACUGUAUGGUGCAUUGCCUUUUUGUUUCUUGUCUAUGAAGAUCCUGAAGCCAAUCCACGAAUGAAUAUAGAUGAGAAAAAGUACAUCCAAAAAUCUCUAGGAAAGAGAUUGGGUGCUCCUACCCCACCGAUUCCAUGGAAGUCUAUUGCAAAAUCUUUACCAUUCUGGGCUAUUUUGUUGGCACAUAUGGGUCAUAAUUAUGGUUAUGAAACACUAAUGACGGAAUUGCCGACUUACAUGAAGCAAGUGUUACAUUUCAGUAUUAAAGAUAAUGGUUUUCUCUCAGCGUUACCAUAUUUAGCUAUGUGGCUGUUUUCUAUAUUUAUAAGUCAUGUUGCUGACUGGCUAUUAACUAAACCAUACUUUACACACACCAUUGUGCGAAAACUAAUAAAUGGAAUUGGUCAGUAUGGUCCCGCAAUAGCACUAGUAGCAGCAUCUUUUACUGGUUGUGAUCGGUGGUUGACAGUAGCAAUACUUACUAUUGGAGUAGGUUUAAAUGGUGGGAUAUAUUCCGGAUUUAAAGUCAAUCAUUUGGAUAUUUCUCCUCAAUUCGCAGGAAUUCUUAUGGCUUUUACAAACUGUUUAGCUAAUUUAGCUGGAUUGUUAGCCCCAAUCUACGCUGGAAACGUAGUUGUGGGAACGCCAAGUCAAGCUAAGUGGCGCAUUGUAUUCAUAACAGCUGCUGGUGUGUACGCAGCUUGCUGCACUUUCUAUGUUCUGUUUGGCUCUGGUGAACGGCAGCCCUGGGAUCCACAGGAAGAUCCCGAUAAUAAAAAAGAAACCGAUGAUGAACCUGAAAUUGUGACAACCCGUGCCUGAUUGAUUUACUAGACCUUUAUAUUGUGAUUUUUUUCCAUAUAUUUGUCCAUGUAUUGCAGCUAAUAAGCUACUCCAAAUGUUACAGUUAUAUUGUUAGUGUAGACUAGCUGUCAAAAUACGAAGUAUAGAAAUACUCGUGGAAACAUUUUUAAUAUAUGAUACUGCUA